AUGAAGAUCAAAGGGCGCCAAGUGGACGAAGAUGAAUUGGUAUGCCCAGUAGUGGAGUGCAAACAGAGCAUCAAGGAGGAGGACAUGGAACGCAUUAUCGGGAAGGACGAGACGACACUGUACCGAGCAAUACUGAAGCGCAAGCGAGACGAGAAGAAUCCGAGUGCGAGGUGGUGUCCAAGACCAGGCUGCGACGAGCUCAUUAUCUGUGAGAGCACGGACAAUUUCACGUGCCCAAAGUGCGAUACAGUGGGAUGUUUCCGUUGUCGCGGAUAUGCACAUCGGUUUUGGUUCUGUCGUGGUGCUCAGGAUAAGUCGUAUCUGGCCUGGGAGGCGUCGGUGGGCAAGCACAAGGCGGUGCGAGCGUGUCCACACUGUCAGAUGCGCAUCUGGAAGAACGAAGGCUGCAAUCACAUGACGUGUACCCACUGUCGCUACGAGUAUUGCUGGGUCUGUGAGAGCAGCGCACGUUGGGCUACGGAGCCAUCGUGCUGA